AGAACUAGGUAUGUCCACUACAUGAUGUUAUGAUGUGGAAUACCAAUAACCGAAAAUCACAAAACCAUGACAUGUACCCAAAUAUAACUGUGUGUUCUGACAGAAAUGAGUAAAGCUUGCAGGAGGGCAAAGCUGACCUUGCUCAGACUCAUAACUGAGUCUCUGUCCUGCAGUAAGUCACCUCUUAUUAUACGCCCCACACGACAAUCUCUGUUCCUGUUAAGUCCUCAAUACUGACAUGGCUAAUGUUUAUUUACUAAAAUCUUUUAGUCAAAUUUUUCUAGCACUGCACACAUGUAGCAAUGGCACUGAGUCCCAAGAGAUCCAAAUGACAAGCAGCAAUCUUGGCAGAAAGCAGGGAUGAGGUGUGGUGCAAAGUGCAUCCCCUGCACUUGGACAUCUAUCCUUUGAGCAUAUCCAAACUCACUCUUUUGUCAGUUACAGUCAUCUCUGUGGGGCUUACAUAUGUGUGUAGACUUGUUUAUUUUAGGCCAUAGAAAAACAUCACUGCUCAGAAAUAGGAGGCUCUGAAGACUCCCAGAGGCUAAUUAAGUGCUAUGAAUUAAGGGAUCUUGUGUUAAAUUCCCUAAACGCCAGUUCUGACAAGACAUCACAUCAGUGGUAGGGAAUAGUAACAUGCAAGUCACAGGACCAUGUCUUCUCCCCGUGAACUCAUCACUGGGAACGCAACCACUAUUUAUCCUGAGGUUGUGUGCUUAUGGAUAGCCUUGCCCUCACAUAGCUGAGCCUCAUGGUUGCUGCUUUGUCAUAGGUUCUAAAGAAUAAGUAAAGCAAUGGCACUUUAAAAUAGCAGGUGUGUUACUUUUUGUUCUUACAGCUUACUUGAAAUGAAGAGCCAAGUAAACAACACUUGACAAGUGCAGAUAAACUCUAAAGUAUAAGCACACAUAGAAUGAACAAAAGACUUGGUUGGCAAUGCUUUUAAAAUGAAUUUGCAACUUUAAAAAUAACAGUACCCAAUCUGCUAGUAUUAUUUUGAACUUCUUUUAAAGCUCUUCUGCACAACUGUUUUCAUCAUUUGUGUUUGUAAUUUCGCAGCACAGGAAGACAUUGCUUCAACCUUUUUUUGUAAUGAUGACAUGUAGCUCUUAAAUUUUUUUGGUUUUCAUGUGCCCAUGUGUGUUACCAUGCAACCUCUGUAAAGAACAGAAGGGUAAAUUUGUUCUCUUCGGUAACUUGAACAAUAAUAAUUAGGAAGAUUCCAUAGUUUCCAUUUUCAUGUAUAAACAAUGAAAAUCACAAACAAAGAGGACUCAACAUGCUUUUGCAUCUUAUUCAUGCUUCAGUAGACUGAAUUUAAACUAAAAAAGGCCAGGAUAAUGAUGACACAGCCUACAAGACAUGAGUAAAAGAGUUACAGACUGAGAAUGAGUUCGAGGAAUCACUAAAAGCUAUGUGAAAAAAAAAAUCAAUCUCUAAAUGCAGAGUGAAUGUACAUUUCAUAUUUUUAAUGUGAAACGUUUUCCUUUAAGAAUACAUCUACACUUCAAAAUUCAGGUGUGUGUGGUUAUUUUGAAAUUAAGAGAAUACUGCAAUUUUUCUAGUGACAUAGCCUACACUACCAUAACACAGCAUGGAAUUUGAGCAAAUCAAAAAGCAAUUAUAAUGCUCUCAACAGAAAGCAGCUCUGAGACUAAAUGAGGAUGUUUGUGAAACAAAUGCACAUUUUAAGCAGGCUUUUGUGAAACAAUAUUUGUGUUUUGCACUGGUACCAACCCAGUUUAAUUUAAUGCAGAGAUGUCAGUUUUGACAAAUGUUUCUUUUUCCAUUUUGUUAAGUAUGUCAAAAAUAGAAACCUUUCUUCCGAAUUGAACUUUUCCCCCCUGCAAAUUUAAAGGAAACUUCUUAGUUGGCUGCAUGCAGGCUGCAAAAGCUUCUUCUGCAUAAUCCAACUGUCAGAACACAUGAAAAUCUGUGUGAAGCCUGCCAGUCCCUCAGCAGAUGUAUACAGGGGGCUAACUUUUGCUGACACUGGUUAUACAGACAGCAGAGCUCACUGUUUGGCAGAGACUGUAGGACUGUCAUCUUUUCUGACAAAUGUGAUUUACUUAUUUAUUUGUGGAUAAGCUGAUAUAAUGUUGAUAUAACAUCAUGGUAACUGCUGAACCUGCCUGGGAAAACAGUUAGCGGUGAAGAGGGCAAGUCAGUGACAGACUGAUCUGGAUUGCUAAGUUGGGGGCAAACUAACAACAUGCAUUCUACUCCUGUGAAAUGCAAAGUUGUUCAUCUAAGAAUUAAAGAAAAGGAGCACGGUGUUGAUGACAUAGAGGCAGUUCAUUGAGGACCCACAAGUAUGAUUGGAAUAAAGAGAGGAUAAGUAUCUUUUAUCUCUACUUAUAUAUUGGGAAAACAAAAUUGGACAAAAGUUUUAAAAUCUAAAGGUAAAAAUAUAAGCAUUUACUAUGCCUGGAAGUUAAACAUGCUUAUUCUGUCUAGAAAUAUGAUUCAUCUUUUUUUUUUUUUUUUUAACAGUAGGAAGGACGAUUAACUAUAGGAGAAAAGAGAAAUAAGUUCCUGUAGGUUGGAAUGAAUAUGCUUUUACUGGGACAAUUUUGAUAGAGACUGAAUUGUUUUUAUAAAUAACAUGCUCUAGCCUGACCAGAGAAGUCCAGGGAAGCUCUGCGGACUGUGCUGCGCAGAAAGUAACAGAAAAUGAAUGUAAUGGUGUUAUCCACACUGGUAACUGAUGAUUCUUGAAAGCAUACAAACCUUUUUGCUGAUCAUAUUUCUGAAAGUACCCAGCAUCUGGCCUCCUGGCAAUCUAUCUUUUUUGUCAGAACAGAGCGUAACUUUUCCAGCAACGUCCCUGAGCCUUUGGUACCAGCAGAUAUCUCUUUAACUGCUAUGGCACUCAAAUGAAGGAGAUGCCAUCAUUGCCUCAUGACUGGUCAAAGAGUCAUAGAAUUGUGAGAGUUGGAAGGGACAUUUAAAGGUCAUCUAUUCCAACUCCUCUGCAAUGAACAGGGACACCUACAGCCACAUCAGGUUUCACAGAGCCCUCUCCAGCCUGACCUUGAACACCUCCAGGGAUGGGGCAUCAACAGCUUCUCUGAGCAACCUGCUCCAGUGCUUUACCACCUCUGAGUAAACAAUUUCCACCUAAUAUCUAAUUGAAAUCUCCUCUCUUUUAGUUUAAAACCAUUCCCCCUUGUCCUAUCACUAUCAGAUCCUGUUAAAGUCAGUCUCCUUGCUGUUUAUAAGCUCCCUUAAAGUACUGGAAGGCUGCAAUGAGGUCUUUCAGAGCCUUCUCUUCUCUGAAGCUAACCAAGCCCAAGCUCUUCUUCGUAAGAGAGGUGCUCCAGCCCUCUGAUCACCUUCAUGGCCCUCCUCUGGACCUACUCCAACAGCUACUUGUAAGAAAUUGCUCUCUUGUAAGAUGUGCAUCAUCUCUCAUUGCAUGUACCCCCUGUAAAAUACUGGCCAAAGGAAUUUCUAGUUGUAAUUCAUGUCAGGGUGUUGUAGCAGUGUGACUAUCAGUACAACAGGAAGCCUCAUCUUACCUGAGAGCAGCAUUUCCUCUGUGAAACACCCUGAAUCAUGCAGUACUCUGUAUUCAUUGUGCAAUGACAUUUCAGUUGGAUGCUUGUAGCAGUGAGGAGCUCAUAAGCUUAUUAAAUAUAUCCUAUUUGCUUGUAACUUUUUUUUUUUUUUUGGAAGAUUAAAGAAAAUGAGAUUUCCAGCAGAAUCUUACAAUAAAGGGAGUUAGCAAUGACUGCACAAUUGUGCAGAAGCCUGCAUUUUAGUAUCUAGGUGGACAUUAAUAGGUCACUAGCUAUGCACCUAGUAGGACUGUGUGAGGAUAAUAUCAGUUAUCUGACUUCUGCUCAUCUUUUCCUUCCUUCUUUCAGAUCAAGUUUCAUUGCUGGACUCUGAACAGUGACCACGAGAGGUCCUUCCUCUCACAGCACAGCAUUGCUACUGGGGUUCCUAACAUCUGUUUACACUUGCAGCAUGUUGCCUUUAGGGCUAUGACACUUUUUAAACUUUAAAUAUGCAUUUUAAAUUAAAACAGUGUGAUAAUGCCACUUUUUAGAGACAUCUUUUCAAAUUAAAGUUUAACAGCUUCAGAAACUGAUGAGUUGCUAUUGCUAAUGUCUUCUGGCUUGCAUGGCAUUGAGGCUGAGAUGCAACAUCUCAGAAAUGAGAACAGAACAGGAAGGAACUUCUACGGUUUCUGAUGCAAAAGCUAUAGUGUGAUGUGCCAAUAAGCAGCACCUUUGAGAAGAAAGUUUUUUUUUGCAUCUGAUUUUACUUUCUAACAUAAAAGGUCAGUAUGUACUAACAAACACUACAUGUGAUUUCAAGGUAUGGGAGUUCUAUUUAUGCUGAAUGCAAUAAAAUAUCUGAAGUCUUAGUUUCAUUGUUGUAACUAGAGAAUAACUGAUUUUUCAGUGUGUGAAGAUAUCUUGAUUACCGUAGUGGUGAUUUUCUAGAAACAUUGCUAAGAAAAAAUAAAAAUAUCUGAGAUGCAUUAGAGAUACAUUCACCUCAGAGUAAGUAAAAUCAGUUAAUAAAACUAAUAUAGAUAUUUAUAUAGAUAUAAAACGAUAUAGAUUUUCCACAAGAGAAGGAAUUUCUAAACAACUUUUUCGCUCCCGACCUAUUUAUGAAAACAAGCUGAAAUACCAAUCAGACAAAGAGAUACAGGUACUACUUUGUGAAGUUAACUUCUUUGCAGUAUCAAAAGAAAAGAUUCCAAAAAAUCAUCCAGGAAGAAAACCUUCUGUUGCAAGAUUCACUGGUGAAAUCGAAGAUGUACCGGAGCCAGCUUUAAAUUAGAUUUUUCAAGUUGCAUUAGCAGUACAUCUGGGAUAGCACAGAGCCCAGCAUAAUUGUUUUUAAGCUUUCUUUCUGUGACUCUAGUGUGGACAUCCUCUUGAUACUUCCAUAGAUUCUUGCUUCAGGAGGACGCCCUCAACACUUCUUCUCCCAAAUACUUUUGUAAUACUUAAAAAUGCUACCGGAAAUUAUAUUUAGAUUUCUCAAAAUUGUAUUUAAUCUCGCUUUGAAAUGACAUUAUAUUAAGAAUGUACAGCAUACUUAUUAAACUUUCCAUUAAUCUCCAUCAGAUCGAGCCAGGAAAGCUUAUUUGCUUUAACCCAGGAUGGCUUUUCCUAACAUGUUUUGAGAUCCUAUUUUGUAACACCCUGACACCAUAUAUUAGAUGUGAAAUGGCCCUGAGCACAGCAUAGCCCACGCUGCUCAGGCUGGCAGGAUCUGAGCAGGAUCUCCAUGGAGCCUGCAUAUCCAUAGUACUUAAUUUCUUAUUCAGAUGCAGAAGGAGUUGACUGUAAUGUGUUCGAAACUCAGCAAACAGUAACAAACAAAAUAUAUAGCUUCGACUGAACAAUUUACAGUUAUUAUCUGGCUUUGGGAAGGGCAGAUUUGUGUUGCAGAUAAACAAAUGGAUGAGUGAAUAACAGAAUUCAAACAGUGUAUCUGGUGAUCACUGAAGAAACAUGCAGAUGCUCAGAAAAGAGGUGAACUAGUAACACAGAGAGUUCAAACCCUCCACAAUCACCAUUUCCCUAAGGAUCUCUUUCUUCCACUUACUACUAGAUCAUGCUUGUUUUUAAGAGAAUGGUUUGCAGUGUUGUAAUCUACUGCAGGUUCUACUCCCAGUGUUUUCAACCUUCUUUUCCAGGCUGGAGGAUUUUUGAAUAACCAUCACAGCUUGUUCCAAGCUUGAGAUUCCACAAUUAUCUCUCGAAAUAUGUACAAGGAAGAUUUCACGAAUAUGACUGAAGAGAACAUAGCCAGCAAUGGCUCCUUCUCUGCCUUUGCCCACACCAACACCACGAGAGCUAUCCUGAUUACUGUCUACUCAAUUGCCUUUGCUGGAGGUGGGAUAGGGUCCACUGCAAUGUCAUUUGUGCUGGUCAAGAUGAACAGUCUGUCUGUGACAACUACAGCCAUCAUUAACCUAGUCGUGGUACAUGGUCUCCUUCUCCUCACAGUGCCCUUCCGUCUGCACUACUAUGUCAAUAAGGAGUGGAUCUUCCACAUGCCAUUCUGUAAAAUGGUGAGUGCUAUGGUGCACAUCCACAUGUAUCUGACAUUCCUAUUCUAUGUGAUCACACUGGUGAUCCGGUGGUUGAUCUUCUUUCAAUGGAAGGAUAAGGUAGAGUUCUAUAGGAAGCUGCAUGCCAUCGCUGCUAGCGUUGCCGUGUGGGUCGUUGUCAUCAUCUUCGUGUUGCCGCUCUUCGGUAUUCAGUAUGGACGCUCAGGGAUCUAUGACGAUAAAGCAUGCUUUAAGUUCCACAAGGAGCUGAAACAGGACAGCGUGAAAGUCCUGAACUACCUAACAAUUGCAGCUGUCGCCUUAAUUACUUCUGUUCUCCUUGGCCUGCAGAUCUUUAUUCUGGUAAAAGUAUCGAGAAAACUCUCCACCUCUCUCUGGUCACACCAAGAGUUCUGGGCCCAGGUGAAAAACUUGAUAUUCAUCUGUGUCAUCAUAAUUUGCUUCCUUCCUUAUCACCUCUUUAGAGUCUACUACAUAAAGCAUGUGAGUGAGAAUGAACAGUUAGAAAGCUACAAUGAAGUUUUUUUGAGUCUGACAGCCCUCAGCUGCCUGGAUCUGCUGUCCUUUGUGCUGAGUGGAAGCCGUCUCUUCAAACAAAAGGUUGGUAUGCUUCGAAGCAGGCUGUCCUGCUGCUAGCUCCAACUACCUGCAGUGUGGUGACCUGGAUCUGGCAGAGCACAGUGCUGGAGAGACAUGGCAAAUCCACUCCUCAGCACAUCAGAGUGGAUGCUGGAGACAUCGUAAACCUGCUCUCCAAAAUAAUGGCGUAAACCAUCAUUCGCAUCUCAGAUGACUGACUGGGAGGCUACCUCUGGGAUUUCCUCACAGCCCUACUUUGUGAGGAGUGGAUACACCUUGAAGAGUAGGAGGAAAGGGCAUGGGCUCAUCAGUUUUGCUUUUUUUACAUCAAAAUUUGUGAAAUCUAAGGCACCACAAUGGAACUCGAGAGAAUUUGCAAAGUGUGUUGAAACACAGACAAAAAAAAAGUAAUUUUGUAUGGAAUUUGGGACAGAUUUUUGAGAUGUAAAGAUCUAUAACAUUUCCUGUGUACAUAUCUUAUUUAUUCCCUGCAAACUCUCAUAAAAUCUUGGUGAAGCUAUUGUUCCACUUGAAUGGGUCUGUUACUUCACUGUAAAGACAAGAGUAACUUCCCAAAUGAACCGAGCAACUCAGACAACUCUUAAAAAACAAACUAUCAAUACAUAUUUGUUUCUUUAAAAGAUUUUCUCAAAAUUGCUUCUUGGAGAUGUUACCAUUACAACAGAAAAGAGUUUUGUUCUCUUUCCCAUACUGUGAAAACAUCUCCAGAAGCAAAAGUUACACAUCAUCACUGAAUAUUGUAUGUUCAGACCAAAAGCCUGAACCAUUUUUACUUACAGAAUUGUUCAAUCUUUAAAAAGUAGCUAAUGCUGAGAAUCAUUUUAUUUAGGUCAUUCAGGCAACAGAUGUCCUGUCUUAAAACGUCAAAUAUUUUAUGUUUGCAAGGUAAAUGUAAAGCACUUUUUUUCUCCUGUAUUGACUUUGUGCAAUUCUGAAGUUUGUAUAUAAUUAUUCUUGGUAUCUUUAUCAUGAAAUCAAUUCUAUAAAUGUUGUACCUUGGACACAGAGAUAAAAGAAAUUAAAAUGAUACUGCUCAGAUUGGAGGGAUAGAGAAACCCAGUCAAGAUAAAAAGCUUAUUAUAUCUCAGUGAGACAGCGCGAGUUGCUAUUUCUGAAGACAGAAUUAAGCUGUUUUUGAAAAGAGGAAAAAAAUCAGCAAAAUAAUUCUAUGGGAGACAUUCAGGCUUUCAUAGCUCUGCUGUUUCACACCCAACCCAAAAAAGACUAUAAAAUUCUGACUGCUGUAACACAAGACAGCAGUGACUAAUUUAUCUUUCCUCUUCUUGACAUCUUUAAAAGGUCACAUUCUUAAUUUAGUCAGUAGAAUAAUAUCUUGAUAUUUUGACAAAUUAUAGGUUAUUGGCUAAUUAAUUUCCAGUGGAAGUCUCCUCUCAUGAUGCUGUUGAAAUCUACCUUAUCCUGUUUCUGAAUCUUUCCAUUUCUUUCUACUUCAUCAUCUCUUUCUCACCGUACAGCAAUCAGAUAAUAACUGUUGGAUCUUCCUGUACCUGCGCAGUCUUACUGCUACACUGAUUGCUUUUGAUCCCAUCAAAGAGUGAUGUCCAAGAUGGUUACGUUGCAGGAUCCCAUCUAUUCCAAAUUCUUUCUUUCCCUGUCUUCCUUCCUGCUUCAAUCUCCACUGUAUUUCUCAGUAGAUCUGACUAUGAGAGAUUAUUUUCAGGUCAGUCUGAGCAAUGCUACAUGACAACAAUACUUGGAAAUCACUGAAGUUCACAAGGCAGAUGUGGGGAUGCUCGCAUGGCCCACUCUUGGCAAACUGCCUGUAUCACAACAACUGAUAAGAGAAAAGUGUGAAAGUUUGCAAUGUGUGUGAAUCUGAGACAAAACUGUCUGAGUUGUUUGCCUCAGGAGGAUCAUGUUAAAGAGGAAGAGGACCACCAGCCAUAUUAAACAGUAACUGCAAAACUACAGAGACAUUUAAAACAUGGAAAAAGUCAGCUUGAAUGUGUAGUUCGCUGACUGCCAAUUAAUUGUGUCAUUAAGAAAGCAAUAAACUACUCUGAUCCAUAUUUGGUUCAAAAAUACAUGAACCAAACAGUUUUACCCUGUGGCGGGAGAGAAGAGAGAAACGACAGGUUGGGCUCAAAGGGGUUAUAGGCUGGCAGCCAGUCACUACGGGGGUUCUGCAGGGCUCCAUUCUAGGGCCAGUUCUCUUCAAUGUUUUCAUAAGUGAUUCAGAUGCACAACUUGACGGUAUACUCAGUGAAGUCUGCAGGUGACACUGAACUGGGAGGAGCUGCUGAUACCCAUGAGGGCAGAGAGGCCUUGCAGAGAGAUCUUGACAAACUGGAGGGCUGGGCAGUCAGCAACGGCAUGAAGUUUAACAAGAGCACCAGAUUCUGCACCUGGGAUACAGCAACCCUCUUCCAGUGCUGGAGUUCAAGAAGCAUUUGGACAACGCUCUCAGACCCAGGGCUCAAAUUUUGGGUGGUCCUAUGUGGAGCCAGGAGUUGGACUGGUGAUACUCAUGGGUCCCUUCCAACUAGGAACAGUCUAUGAUCCUAUGGCACAUUUCUGUUUCCUCUUGUAGCAACAUCUUUGGUGGACAAAAAUGUAUUAUGUGCAUUCUGCAAGCACUGCAUAACUUUGUAACGCUAUAUUAUAAAUCUUUUUAUAUAAUAA